CGUUGUGGUCCCUUCUGUCCAGGGUUUAGUGGCCCGCAUCGCCCAAGAACUUAAUCGCCUGCGUGCCAUCUGCACGGCUCUACGGUGAUUAGGAUGGUGGUCAGCCCAGUCCCGCGCAUCCCAGAUCAUUUAUAUUCAGCCCUGCAGUCUCCCUGAGUGACCCCACCCUCCCUACCCACAUCAACUCUUAACAUGCAGCAGCCUACUUGUCGCAGAAUGCGCAUACGCAGUGUGCACGACGCACAGGUCAUCCUCCAUGCCGUCGCCACGAAACGUCUCCCCAUGCUCCACCGCCGGCUCGACGAUGAGGAGCGUCAAGCCCUCGCGCCCGGCGACAUCUACGUGUGGGAAGAACGAAGCAGCAAUCCUUUGGACGCGCCGUCGCUGGAAGCCAUGCAGCGUUUCACAGACGGUCGGUCAUGGGGGCCAUCGAAGGCUCGCGACGACUUCCUCGUGUAUCAAGAGAAAGAUACCCCUAGCCGCAGCUCUCUCAUGACAAGGAACAACGGCCUUCAGUCGAUGAAACUUGUCAAACAAACUUACUCCGCAUAUGUAGAUGGUCCGAGGAACUCCCGCAAGUGGCAUCUGAACGCGUACUACACUCAAGAUACAGUCAACAAGUUCAACACUGUCGACGACUACCCGGAGCUGCGCUUGAUCCAAGUGCCUCCGGGCCAGUACCACUGCGCUCGCACGAGCAGUCUGCGGAAGACCGCCCGCACCACCGCACGGCCCUCUCCAUCCGCUGAAGAAGGCCAUCCUGUGCAGCUUUCUGCAUCCUAUCCCGAUGUGAUGCCUUUGCCGAUGUCGCCGUAUUCCGAGAAGCGAGCUUCGCUGACCGCUUCUCCCGGGUACAGUUCUGACGGAGUCAGGCUGGCUUCAUUGGAGUGUCGGCUGGCUCCCCUGGAGUACCUCCAGAGUCUCUCUCCUGGAACACGCGACCCUGUAGAUGAGCAGGUCCUGCGCUCGUUUCGACGUUAGUCUUGCGUGGAGGUCGUAUUGUUCAUUGUUGGCCUCUGUGCGUUUAAGGUAGCGUUUGCGUAUAAUACUUUCUCCUGCUAUUCGGACUGUAUUGCUAGCUGGCUUCGUUCUGUUCUGUUUCGUUUCACAUGCUCUAUGCCUCGAUGUUGCGGACUGAUCGCCUACAUCUCUAUUGUCUGACCUCUCGUAGUACGUACACGCUAGUUAUCUUCUGUCGUCAUUGUUCAUUGCAUAUCACUCGCUUUGAAAUGCCCUGUCG